AGUCAUGCAUUGCACUGGAUGGGUUGUUACUUUGGCCCUCCUCCGAGUUUAAUGUUCUGGCAUAACAAGUUUAAUCAGCAACAAAAGGAUAAUCAGUCGACUGUUGCUGCUGGUGCUACUCCGACUCCGACUCCUGCUAAUGGUCAUGGUCAUGGUGAUCGAAUACCUUCACCUUCAGCACGUUUCCUCUCUCCUUCAAAUAGGCGUACAUCACCACAGAACCUCGAGUCAACCAAACACAACCCACCACCGCCAUCUCCCUCUCCCUCCCAACCAUCCAAAGCACAAACAGGAUGGACCUUAUCCCACAGUCCUACAAUCCCUACGAUAUCCCACGAGCAGCCCCCUCCCCCUCCUCAAGUCCCAGCAGAAAAAUACGACAAGCUGAAGCGGCGAUAUCUUGAUCUCAGGACGCAGAGAGAGGACUUGACUCUCCAGUUCCAGGCGAUGGUUGCUCAGAACGCGAGGUUGAGGAGGGAAAAAGACGCGUUACUCGACAUGUUGGAAAAACAUCAUAUAAGGCUGGAGGAACCUCUGAUUGCCCCACACACCACGUCGCUCCCUGCACCUCUUCCCUCCCCCCUGCCGCACCCGCUGCCUUCGCUGUCUUCCCUAUCGUCGCUGCCGUCGAGGGCGUCUGCAACCUCUGGCUCUGGCUCUGGCUCUGGCUCUGGCUCAGGGUCGGGGUUGGGGUCGGGGGGGAGCACGCCUUCCCCGCUUACGAGGGUCGGACCUAACUUCCCCAGCAUCAGCACCGGCACGAUCCCCGCCAUCCUACACCGGUCCAACCCCAACCCACCCAGGGCCGACAACUCUAACAACUCCGACAACCCCAACCUCCCCGAGCUUCUUCCUCGUCCAGCACCUCCCUCCCUGACCAGACCUGCGCCCCAGCCUCAGCCACAGCCACAAACGCAGCAAGCAGGACUCUGGAUCCUCCCUGGAGUAGCGGACCGCCUCCCCCCUCUCCCGCCGCAGCCGCUAGCUCUCCCAGCAGAAGGGAAGGAUCUUCCCAGGCUUGGAGCUGGAUGUCUUGGGGAGGAAGAGCGAGGGGUGGGUCUUGCGGUUGGGGGGUAUGGGAAGGAGAGGGAUUGUGCUUGGGAUAGGGAUAGGGAGUGGGACAGGAACAGGGGCAGGGGCAGAAUAUGGACGUGGGAUCCACCUGCAGGUCCUGCCGCAAGGGCGGGCGCCAGCACCAGUAAAGGGAAAGGGAAAGAACGCGCGUCGCCGAUACUUGGGACUGCUGAAAGACCGUUCGAUGUUGAUGAUGUUGGCAGUGAUGAGGGGUUGGGUUCGGGAGGAGGAGGAGGUGGGGGUGGGGUUGCUGAGGGGGGAGGGAGAGGAGGGGGAGGGGGAGAUGCGAGGCUUAGAGCGCUGGGGGCUGCUGCGGCUCUUUCUGCUGGCGGACGGUCGAAUGGCAGCGGCACAAGCACUGGCAGCCGAAAUGGGAGUACGACUGCGAGUGGGAAUGGGAACGGGAUGGACAGUCUUCCCCCUUUGCCGCUGCCGCUUACCCAGCGGGAACUCCUUCGUACAAGGGAGCACCUACCUCUGCCCCUUCCCCUUCCCCCUCCGCCAGCGCCACUCGCGGGCCCAGUACCAGCCCCGGCUGCGGCCCUAUCCCCAGCGGCAGCAGUAUUAGACAACCUGACCGCACCCACAACCACAGCCCCAGCCCAGGCACUCGACCGCGAACUCCCACUCCCACCCCCACUCCCGCACGCGCACGGGCUCAAAAGAGACCGACACCCUAUGAUAAGGCCUGAGACGGAUUGGGAGGAGAGGUUUGCCAAAAGAGCGAGGGUAGACGAGCGAGGACAGACUCCUGCCCGCAGAGGGGAUUUGAGUGCUCCCACGAGAGAGCACGCUGAUGCUGGAAGACCGACCAGUCGCUCGCCCCGCUCAGUACAUGCCACACGCUCGCCCCGCUCACCGUACACCCUCCGACCCUCUCCUCCUCCGUCCUACGCCAACCCAGCGCCGCCUGCGAAACCGGCACCGCUCCCCCCUCCAAUGUUACCGCUCAUGCCACCUCUUCCCUCUCUUCCUCCUGUACAAGAACGGAAGUUGUAUGGUCCCCCUCGCCCGCCGGGGAUGCACCGUCCUUCCUCGCCAGCACAGCGCGCAGCCUACUCCGGAGAGAACCCUCGGGAAGAGAGCCAGAAGUUCUCCUGCGACGAGAGCAGAGUGCCCCCGCCUGGCCCCUCUCCGCCCCUACCAAGGCAGGAAGACUCCCUUCCCGUAGGUCCCUCCCCCCUCCACCGGGGCGCGCCAUUCUCACUUCCUCCCCUGCAGCCUGUGCGCCCUGGUGCCCAUGCGCUGUACGACGAUUACCUGCAGAGUCGGGGUGAGAAGGCGGUGUUUCCCGACUCGUCCCACGCGGCUCGACCCCCCUCUACCUCCACCGCAGGGCUUGUGAAAAUUGAGAGCCCGACAGGGAGGUUCCCAUAUAGCGUCAUGUCUGCGCCUGAGGAGCACAAGCCGCAGAGGGAGGAGGGACCGCGCUUCCCGCUCUCGCACGAGAACGGGCCUAAUGGGGUUGGGGUGUAUCGACCUCCCCCCGGAGCCCCGGAAAGAGCCUAUCUGGAAUCACCCCCCGUUCGUCCGGUCUACGGGCCUCUGCGGGCAAACCCCGCGAACCUCCCCAUUCCGAGGGACGACGCCUUGCCCCCUCGGCGCGAGCGGGACAGGGACGGCAAGCGUGCAGGCCCCGGCGCGAAGAGGGAUGUGACACAGGCACAGGAACAACAUGUUGUCCAGCACCCGCCGCCUACCAGGCUGGACUACAAGGACGUGACGAUGCCUAUGUAUUCCCGUGCGCCUAUAAAGCAUGGGGGACAUAAUGCCCGCCGGGUCCAGCCGCCGGUGAUGAUGGUGAACCCUCAGCCUCCGUCGGAGCUCCCUUCGCCUACUCAGAGCCAGCCGCGCACUGCUCCCCUUAGCCAGGCAAACGGCGGACAUGGGCAUGGACAGCAUAGACACCAGAUGUCGAUCGAGGCUGAGUAUAGGGCGGAGAGGGAGAGGACGUGGGAGAGGGAUAAGCAGCUCGAGAUCGAGAGGUAUCCUGAUCUCGGCCGGCGUUCUUCUGGGCGGGAGGAGCCGCAUUCCCACCCACACUCGCAAGCCCCAGGUCCCGGUCCUAGUCCUGGUCAGGGUCAGGGAAGGAUCCAGACCCCCAUCCAGCAGUGGGGAAGGCAGGAAGAGCUCGAACGAGCAAGGAUGGCCAAGAAGGGUGAUGGGGAUGGGCUCCUCGGCGGGGACUGGCGGUACAAGGUCAAUCGGGAAUGGGAGGUUCAUAGGAGUAAAGGCCGGAGGGAACGAGAGCAUUCCCGCCCUGCAGCGGGGAACGAGGUCAUCAAACGCGAACCUGGGGUGUCUGACUUGGAGGGAUACUCGCACCCCUCACGAAUGGAGGAACCGAUCAUGCCUUAUGCGCAAGAACAUCGGCCGACUCCUGUUGAACGGCGGCCUUCUGGACCGGGGAUGGUGACUCCCCCUGGAUGGUGGAGACCAAGUGAGUCGCACCGGACGGAGGAGUCUGACCCUCCCCGCCCUCCCAGCCGGCCGCCCUUAACUGUUAACACCUCCUUUUCCGGGGCUUCACAGCGCUCUGAAACCCCUUCCCAAUCCCAGUCUCAUGCCCAAUCUGGAAAGACCAUUUCUGCCACCUCUACACCUCCCAUCCCUCCGACUCGCAGACUCCCGUCACGCUACUUUGUACCUGUUAUCCCCCGCCUGCCUAAUGGAGCGCCGGACCUUCCUCUCCAAGUCGGCAAAUGGAUGCUCAAGAACCUGGGCCAUGUUGUCCAGUACACCGGCUACUGGAACGCGCGGCAUAUCUGGCCCGUGGGGUUCCAGAGCGAAGUCAAAUACCUAUCGAUGAAAGAUCCCAGGCAGGACGUCUACUACACAUCUACAAUCCUCGCUUCGCACCCUUCUUUCCCCGGCCAUCCUGGUCCUGUUUUCCAGGUCGUGCCUGCUGAUCAGCCCGGUACGCCUAUCGUCCGUCUUUCCCCGCGCGACGCCUGGCGGGAAAUCGUCAAGCAGGCCGCGCGUGUGCGGGACAAGCUCCCCAAUCCUCACGUUAGCGGGACGGAGCAGUUUGGCCUGGCGAGCGCGGUGACCAAGUACCUUAUCCAAGAGCUGUCUGGCGCGGAGUCGUUGAGGGAAAAGGGGUACAACUGGGAGGAUAUCGCCGAGGAUCCGAAGCAGAACUUUGGGCAACGAAUGCCCGACAUACCCCAUCCUCCCUCCAAUGAUACUAACGAUGAUUACGUGCAAGUACAAGGGGAAGAUGGCGACGUCGUGAUGACUUAAUACCCCGCCGUCUCUCGCCAAGUUAUGAACGCAAGACGUACUAUGAAGCUCAACCUUUGCAACUUAUUCAAAGCUCAUUCGAAUAUGGGAUUCAACCCCCACCUCCGUUUCUGUUCCAUGAUUUUUGUGCACGAAAAUCUCUGAUGAUAACUGUUGUUGUACCACUAGAAAUCUUCAAU